UUCAACAACACAAUUGCAGUGCCCUUUUUGCUUGAUUUUCUCGUAGCAAAUCAUGACUUCUCUGUCUCUUCCUCGCUCGCUGCCGCUCCUCCCUUCAAAUCAACCGAGAAUUAUCGCUCCCUCAUUCAAUCGUUUCCCUCUCUUUCGAUGCUCCGCCAAUCUCAGAAACUCCAAAAAUCACCAAAAUUCCAGAGCCAAUGGUCGCUUCCCUGCCACUCGCCUCCCAGCAAAGUUAGAAGUGGAACGUUUUGCGAGCAUUUCUUCUUCGAGUACCCAGAAAACUUCUUCAAUUGGUGUCAACCCACAAAUCUCAAUACCUCCCCCACCCUCAAAUGUAGGGUUGCUUCUGUUUUGGAUUAGUGCUGGCAUUGGGCUUUCAGCACUAUUUUCAUUGGUGGCUACAAGAUUAAAGGUCCUCGAUAGGUUACAAGGUAAGCAAUGGAGGCGAAAGCAAAUAAGCAGGAUUACAGAUAAGGUGUUUGAUCAUUUUAAAAAUGAGAGAGAAAGGGCUAACUUGAAUUUUGAGGAUCUGUACAUCGGUGUACUACUUGUGUACAAUGAUAUCAAUAAGCAUUUACCCGGCCCGCAUUUUGAUCCACCCUCCAAAGAUACUGUCAGAGCUAUGAUGAAGGAAAACGAUCUCAAUCUUGAUGAAGAGAUUGACAGCGAAGAGUUUGCAAAGUUCAUCAAGCAGUUGACAGCGGACACAUUGGUUGUUGUCAGUCAAGGACUGAUCCUCAAACUGGUUGCAGCACCGGUGGUUGCAAUAGCGACAAAGAGGGCUACCGAGGGUUUACCAGGUGUCGGAAAGGUUGUGCAGAGAUUGCCCAAUUCAGUUUAUGCAUCCCUUCUGACUCUUAUUGUUCUGUUGUUUCAAUAAGCGGGCUAGGAGUUCGAUUAGCUGCAAGUUUGUUCUCAGUUCAAUCCUUCUAUGGUCUAUUUAAAAGACUUCUUGAUUAUAUUAUAUGUUUUGGGUUAAAAAAAUUAGUCUCGUCAGUUGGAUGAUUGUGGCUGCAUAAUAAUGUACAAGGAGAAUGGUGUUUGAACUUAAUCAUAUACAAAUAGUUGUCUUUUGGAAGUUAACCAUUUUAGUUCA